UCUAUCUAUCUAAGUUCUCUGGCAUUACUAGCGAAGCUGGUGAACGUCCGGUAUUAUGGCCAACUGUUGGUAGACUUCUUUGCGGCACUCACGAACGAUGCUUUAUUCCAGCAGCUGAGCUUAGAGGAACAACUGAUUUGGGCACGUGAGCAAAGGCAUUACGGUUGGAUGGCACUAUUGUACUUCGCCAUGUCACUGACUGUAGUGAGUACAGCUUUUGUGGGAGUGCUGAUCAGCGCCAACUAUGAACUGCCAUUUCCAUAUGCGCCGCCAUUCGAUUGGCGCACGGAGCGUGGUUAUUGGUAUGCUUACUGCCACGGCAACGCUGCUUACUGCUAUGAAUUGCUAGCAAUGCCGAUCACCUGUUUGUCGAAUUGUGCUUUCGAUAUGAGACAGUGCUAUAUGUUGGUGCAAUUAUCGUUGUGUUUUAAAUUGAUUUUCGGACGCUUGGAACGAAUGGGUGAAGUGCGCGUGGAAAGCAGCGCGUCAAAUGGAUUUAGUGAGGAGAAGUUUUAUGCGGAUUUUGUUGGAGCUGUGGCGUUGCAUGUGCGUACCAGAGAACUUUCUCAGCAGUGUGAGAAGUACGUCUCAUUUCCCUUUCUCAUACAAAUUUUUUGCUCAUCCUUCGUACUGUGCUUCAGCGCCUAUCGCUUACAAAAGUACAUGGAAAUGCUGCAGCGCCCGGUGCGUGUGCGAGCUGGGAAAUUUUUCGAUAUCAGUUUGGUCGUCUUUUCAAAGACUAUGAACAAUACCUACAGUUUGGUGGCUCUCUUGUUGAAUAUGAACAAAUGA